AUGCAGCCGGAAAGGGUAACGAGAAUAGUGCAGAAUUUCGGAGGCUUCAUUCCUCCAGGCACCCCCGUUACUUUUCUGCAAGAUCAGCAAGCCGAACAAGGAGUAGGUUGCCUUAAGCGAUUUUACACCAGCCCUCGCGAUGAAUGGAAGGUCACCAAGGUUGUGUUUGUCGCCAGUUGUACGCAGGCCCUUCCAGCCAAUUUGAUUGAAUGUGUCAACGAUGUCCUUAAACCCUUUGACAGGAGGACGGGUUUGUCGAAAUUCGAUAUCGACGUGUUCGUAGCCAUCACUAAAUUUGAUUUAGUUGAGGAGCAGAGCAGCUUUGAGACCGAUUCUCAAGAUGACAAAACGAUAAUCAUGAAAGACUUUCUUGCACGAGAACGCGAAGUGGCCACACAUUUCAGCAUCGACGGCUCCUUAAAGCACAACAGCAUCCGCCGGGUGAGCUACGUGGACGGUCACAGCGAGGAAAACCCUUUCAUCGAGAACAUCGCUUUUAGGUUCGUGCGGCAGAUGAUGUAGCCGAGGCGGAGUAAACAUCAAGUGGAAAACAAGCCUUCACCAGUUGUCACCCCUCGAGUAGAGAUGACAAGAACGCUGAGA